GGAGCAGCAUGCUGGGGAAGUACAACAGCGUAUCACAUGAUGUUUUUACAUCAGAGCUCAGACUAGUCUCACUUCUCAGGAAGUGAGACUCAGACAGUCGUUGUCACUGAGCGAGAGGUGAGAUGGCGCAGAGAGGAGUUCAGCUGGACCGGGAAACCUUCUCUUGUUCCAUCUGUCUGGAUCUACUGAAGGAUCCGGUGACUACUCCCUGUGGACACAGCUACUGCAUGAACUGUAUUAAAAGCCACUGGGAUGGAGAGGAUGGUAAGUACAGCUACAGCUGUCCUCAGUGCAGGAAGACGUUCACACCGAGGCCUGUCCUGCUGAAAAACACCAUGUUAGCAGAUUUAGUGGAGGAGCUGAAGAAGACUGGACUCCAAGCUGCUCCUGCUGAUCACUGCUAUGCUGGAGCUGAAGAUGUGGCCUGUGAUGUCUGCACCGGGAGGAAACUCAAAGCCAUCAAGUCCUGUCUGAUCUGCCUGGUCUCUUACUGUGAGAAACACCUUCAGCCUCAUUAUGAAUCCCCUGCUUUCAAGAAACACAAGCUGGUGGAGCCGUCCAAGAAGCUCCAGGAGAACGUCUGCUCUCGUCAUGAUGAGGUGAUGAAGAUGUUCUGCCGUACUGAUCAGCAGCUUAUCUGUUAUCUCUGCUCUGUGGAUGAACAUAAAGGCCACGACACAGUCUCAGCUGCAGCAGAGAGAGCUGAGAGGCAGAGAGAGCUCGAGGGGAGUCGACUCAACAUCCAGCAGAGAAUCCAGGACAGAGAGAAAGAUGUGAAGCUGCUUCAACAGCAGGCGGAGGCCAUCAAUCUCUCUGCUGAUGAAGCAGUGGAGGACAGCGAGAAGAUCUUCACUGAGCUGAUCCGUCUCCUGGAGAAAAGAAGCUCUGAUGUGAAGCAGCAGGUCAGAUCCCAGCAGGAAAGGGAAGUGAGUCGAGUCCGAGAGCUUCAGGAGAAGCUGGAGCAGGAGAUCACUGAGCUGAAGAGGAAAGACGCUGAGCUGAAGAAGCUCUCACACACAGAGGACCACAACCAGUUUCUACACAACUACCCCUCACUGGCACCACUCAGCCAAUCAGCAUCCAGCAUCCAGAUCCGUCCUCUGAGCGGCUUUGAGGACGUGACAGCGGCCGUGUCAGAGCUCAGAGAUAAACUACAGGAUGUCCUGAGAGAGAAGAGGACAACCGUCUCACUGACAGGGACUGAAGUGGACGUUUUACUGCCUCAACCAGAGCCCAAGACCAGAGCUGGAUUCUUACAAUAUUCACGUGAAAUCACACUGGAUCCAAACACAGCAUACACACAGCUGUUAUUAUCUGAGGGGAACAGGAAAGCAACGUUAAUGAGUCAACAUCAGUCUUAUUCUAGUCACCCAGACAGAUUCACUGACUGGUGGUUUCAGGUCCUGAGUAGAGAGAGUCUGACUGGACGUUGUUACUGGGAGGUGGAGAUGAGAGGAGGAGUUUCUGUAGCAGUCGCAUACAAGAACAUCAGGAGAGAGGGGAGGUCGGGUGAAUGUGGAUUUGGACGAAAUGACAAAUCUUGGGCGUUAUAUUGUAACAACAACAGUUAUACAUUUUGGUCCAACAAAGUCCAAACUCCCGUCUCAGGUCCUGGGUCCUCCAGAGUAGGAGUGUACCUGGAUCACAGUGCAGGUAUUCUGUCCUUCUACAGCGUCUCUGGAACCAUGACUCUCCUCCACAGAGUCCAGACCACGUUCACUCAGCCCCUCUAUGCUGGACUUUGGGUUGCAGACUCUGCUGAGUUGUGUAAAGUGAAAUAGACAGACGUCAUUUAAGGGUUAAAUUCUGAGUUUUAACUCUUCGUCCUCUUCAGGGUUCAAGGGUUGCCCAAUGGCCCGGGGCAGAUAAAACGCCCCGUGGGGUAAAUAGAUAUAUCAAGCCAUAGAAGACGUCAUCGUUCUCUCGAGAACGCUCGUAGAUUUCCAUCAGGAACGGAGGUGGUGCUCCACAUGAGAUGUUUAUUUUCAAAAAAAGGUUUUUACACUUUUUCUUACUUAAAGCGCCCAUAUGUUGCUAAUGUUCUGGUUCAUAACUGUAUUUUGAGGUUGGACCAGAAUAGGUUUUCAUGGGUUUAAUU